CUGCCCAGGGAGGUGGUUGAGUCACCAUCCUUGGAUGAGUUUAAGAGUCUAUGAGUUUAUGAGUCUAUGAGUCUUAGGAGUUUAGAUGUGGUGUUGGGGAAUAUGGUGUAGAGAACUUUGUAGAGUAGGGUAGAUUGUUGGAUUCGAUGAUCCCAGGGGUCUUUUCCAACCUAAAUGAUUCUAUGAUUCUAUAUUCGAUGACUGAUUCUCCGUUACAUUCACAUUACAGGGUAAUAGCUUCUCCAGUCAGAAAGCAUUUCUCCCAGAGCUGGCAGCAGACAAGAUAUUUGUAAGCCCUCAAUCUGAAGACUAGAGGAAGCAUUCCAAGUAUUCAACAAAGGGAUGCUUAGAACCCUGAAUGCUGAAGGACUUCCAAGUUCUGUGGAUGCUUUAUGCACAAAGGGCAGUAACAAUUCUUAGGGAAAAGCAUGGAAGCUCUGCGAAAGGCAAACCCCGAGGCCGCCCGCAGUGAGGUUUCCCUCCUGGAGCUCACAGACACUCUCCCCCUCCACAGCCUGGCCCCGCGGCCCCCGACUCCAGGGCAGCGCUCACGUUCACGAGCAGGGAUAAAUAACCCCUCGUCCCCUCCUUGCUCCUAAAGCUGGAAGGGCGCUACCCGGGGGGCACACUGGGGUCAUAAGUGGCCGCAGGGCCCUCACUGGGGAGCAGCCCCGGGGAUGACCCCAGCCGCCAUCACCGGACGGCUCCCGCCUUCCCAGCCGCCCCCGGGAACCACCGCUCCCGGCACGCCCUGCGCGCCACCGACCUUCAUGGGCGCAGGGAAUUGGUGGCAGCGGAGCCAAUCACGGGCGCAGACCUUGCCCGCCGGUCCCGCCCCGUCGGGCCCGACGCGGGGAAGCUUUGAAAAAAUUCUCAGCCUGGGGAUCAUGGCUGCUAAGAAAUUGAGAAGAGCAAGGUUGUCUCAGGAGCUGUGUGAAAGGCUGAGUCGCCAUCAGAUCACUACCUGCCAGGACUUUUUAUGUCUUUCCUUCUUGGAGCUAAUGAAAGUGACGGGGCAGAGCUACUAUGAUGUACAGAAGCUUCUUUGUAAAGUCAGCCGGGCUUGUGCUCCCAAAAUGCAGACAGCUUAUGAAAUGAAACUGAGGAAAUCUGUCAAUCCCUCUUCAGCCUUUUUAUCCACCACGCUGCAUGGUUUGGAUGAAGUCUUGCAUGGUGGAGUACCCUGUGGAUCCCUCACAGAGCUAACUAGCCCACCAGGUUGUGGCAAAACUCAGUUUUGUAUUAUGAUGAGUGUUCUGGCUACACUACCUGUAAGCAUGGGAGGACUUGAUGGAGCUGUUAUAUACAUUGAUACAGAGUCUGCAUUCAGUGCUGAAAGGUUGAUUGAGAUAGCAGGAAACAGAUUCCCUACUUAUUUUGACUCAGACGAAAAGCUGUUCUGCAUGACCCGUAGCAUUCACCUGUAUCGAGAGCUGACCUGUGGCAGUGUACUGAAGAGGAUUGUGUCUUUGGAAGAAGAAAUUAUUUCAAAGAAAGUUAAACUCAUAAUAAUUGACUCCGUUGCUUCAGUCGUCAGAAAGGAGUUUGACACAAAACUCCAAGGCAACCUGGCAGAGAGAAGUAACUUUUUGGCUAGAGGAGCAUCGGUGUUGAAGUAUUUGGCAGAGGAGUUCUCAAUACCAGUUAUCUUGACGAAUCAGAUUACCACAUCGUUGAGCAAUGGCCUUGCGAUCCAGGCAGACCUGGUGUCUCCAGCUGAUGAUUUGUCCCUGUCUGAAGGAGCUUCUGGAAGUGGGAAGAGGGAAUCUGGUUGUGUGACAGCAGCCCUUGGUAACACAUGGAGUCACAGCGUCAACACCAGGCUCAUUCUACAAUACCAUGACAUGCCGACAAGACAGCUCCUGGUUGCUAAAUCCCCUGUUGCUCCAUUCUCUGCUUUUUUCUACACCAUUGAGAAAUCAGGCUUGGUUCUUCAAGAUGGAAAGGAUCAAACAAAUUUAACUUUGGAAGGAACCAAUCCUGCCCUGCAGACCAUACGAGUGAGGAGUGCUGCCUUGAAAGAUACUUUACUCGAUGCUGCUUUACACAAAACUACUGGAGGGAUUCAAACUACAGGUGAGAACGGAGCAAGGUCUGAGCACCCAAAGGGUAACACGUUUGUAGAAGAAAACAUGAGUUGGUGAUGUCUGUGCCUGUGACGUGCUGGCGUUGCCCACCCUGCCACAUG